AUGUUCAGCCCACUCGCCUCGCAGGUCGGCGGCCACCCGGGCGUGCUUAGCAGUGAAGACGGGUCGCUCGUGAUCAAGGCUUCGCUCCCCACCGAGCUAGCAUUCUACGAAUCUGUCUCUUGUGAUCCAAACUUCGCGCCGCUGAAGCCGUUUGUGCCUCGAUUCUACGGGACGCUGAGGCUCGCAGGGAAAGUCGAUGAGACGACGGCUACUCAGGACCCCACAUCGUUCACGGUCCUGGAGGCAGUAAAAGAGAUCGAGAAAGAUGAGUACCGCAUGUUGACUCAAUGCUGCGUGCUGCGUGUUGCGUGCUUGCACUGA